AUAAGAGUCGCGGCGCGUUUUGUUAUUUCACAUUUCAUAAAAAUCAGUUGGUGGUGAACGAACGCAUAUUUAUUUGGCGUCGAUCAACCGGAACUACUUACAACAACGUAUGACGUAAGGAGAAAGGAUAUAAUCUCGAGCAAGAGCUACAUUGUCGUAGUUUGUGUAAACGCUGUAUUCUUUUACUCACGAUGGAUUGGCUGCACGGCACAGUGAAGUCAGUGUUCAAGAGACUGGAUGCUUCUGUAAAGGCUCGAUUAACCAACAAGAAAAGGGGCAAACCUUGUGUUACGGCAACGCCAUCGAGUAAAUCGCAGCGAGUGUCUUCCCCGGAUAAAAUCCAUUCCAGUAGCGUCCGAAGACAGUGUGGGAUGUUUGGGGGGAGAGGGGGAUACUUGUCACGGAGUUCCUGUGGUGGACUUUCAGCAAAAGAGGAUUUAGAACCUUUCAUGAGCCGGAAUAUGUACAGUCUCUACGAGCGUGUCGCGGUGUCUCCAGAGCCAGGCUGUGAAUUUGGCGUGGUACUCCCGUAGACACAGAAAACAUCUCACCCACUUGAGCAGAGAGCGGAACGCGAUUCCACCAGCCAUUGCACAGCCGAGCUGAGAAAUCAUCGAGAAAAAAAAGGAAAAGGAACUUUCUUAAUAAUUGUACAUACCUGUGUUAUCUCAAUCAUACCGUCAUCGUCAUCACCAUUAUGUUAUAGUUACAGCAUGUGAAGAGUGUAGGGGGAGAAUUUUGCAUUUGUCUCAACUCUCAUUUUCGCUUUUGUCCUUUUCUAAAAUCUGUUGUUUGACUUUUGUUUUGUCCAUCAUUUCUACCUUUUUUUAUCAGAAACACUGUGCUAUGUCAUAUCUUAAACAGCUUUACAAGGAAAUACAAUGACAUUUAAUGACGUGUGAAAUAAAGGUAGUACUUCUAAAUAUUUUUA